AUGUUCGGCCGGUGCUCACGGCGCUUUGUCGCCUCCGCCACGACUCUUCCCUCAACAACGAUUCCGCGUCGUUCGCUUUUCACAGCGCCAACAUUUUCAUCAAUACAAUCGGCGAGCACGACGAAACGGGCGCGACCAACACAAAAACCGAUCUCGUAUCCCUCCCACAGCCAAAUCAGAUGCAUAGCGUUUUCCGGCAAGCUUCGACGAGGCUACCGCGUGGCUGCGCGGGACAUUUGGCGAAAGAAUCCCAUCGUCUUGCCCGUCGCCAUUCUGUCCGCCAUCGGCGCCGGCGCCUUCUUAAUCUAUGCUUUUUACUUUCAGACGAUGGAGAUCAACACACGAAUGUCGCGGUUCCCGGAGCCCGUCGCCAAGGAACUGCGCAAAGCACUCUAUUUCACCGAGGUCAAUAUGGAGCCUCAGAAGGCUAUCGAACACUACCGGGCGGCACUGAAGAUCUCGCACGAACUGGGCUUGCAUCCGUUCUCAGACGAAGUGAUUGGCAUCAAACUACAGGCGGCUGACAUGUAUGUCAGAGCCGGUUUCCACAAGCAGGCCGUGCACUUGUUGUCACGCACCGCGGGCGAAGCCCUACGAUGGGUGAAUAGAACAAGAAGGCGGCUUGACGUAGGGAAACCAGGCAAGGAGCUGCCGAAAACCGCUGACCCAAACGUUCAAGAAAUCUUUGGACCGUCCGCCGAAGAUUACAAGAUGCAAUAUGAUCUGACUACCCGGGUUAUUAAGAAGCUUAUUGGCAUACAUCUUCUUUUGGCAGAGAUUUUCGAAGACGAGCAUCUAAGAGACCCUUUCGAAGCCUUUGCUUCGCGGCGGACUGCCUUGAGCAACUUUACGACCGAAAUCAAAAACCGCGAGGCAAGGGGCCUUCCACCAACAGCGACUCCCGAGGAGGGUGAUAGCUGGUUAAAUGCCGAGGAGGCGAGUCACACCAUGUCCGACGUUGGAUCGACUUUGCUCCGGGCUGGACAGCCCGAAAAGGCCCUGGAAUUACUUAUGCCCGCUGUCGCCAUCCUACGCCAGGUUGAAGGAAAGGAUAUUUCUUGUCGGCAAGUGAUUCUGCUGAGCAACAUUGCGGCAGCCAUGUUCGACCACCGGCAUUCGAAAGAGGACAUUGCAGCCAAAAAAAUCCCGGAAAAUGCCGUGGAGAAACAGAUGAAGUCGUCCAAGGACUGGGCCCUGAAAGCCCUCGAAGUGUCGAAACUCAUCCAAGAGGACCGCCGUGAUGACGAAUGCGAUAUGGGCUGUGCCGCUGCAGCAGAUGUCCUCUCGGCGAUUGCAGAGUGGCAGGGCGCUGAUGAAGACGCGAGAAAAUGGCUUCUCGAGGGAAAGCGAUACUGCGAGUCUGCCCAGUUUGCCGAGGGCAUUCAAAAGACCUCGCAAAGGUUGGCCGAACAGUCAAAAACCAAUCUUGAUCUGAUAGAUGGAAAGGUGUGA